AUGUCGGCCACAUAUCAUGAUGAACAGUCUCCUGUCAGAGCGCAGCAGCGGUCACAGCACAGAGAUGUGAAGGUCUCUUCUGAAGCAGAGAAGGCACGUGAAGAUGCCUUGCGACAGGAGCUGGCAAGCGUGAGAAAGGUUAAUCAGGCUAUAGAAGGCGUUUUGGGGAGCUUACAAAAGGCCAAAGCAAACAUGAAGACUGUGAAUUCAACUGUUGGUGCCGCAUCACAACUACUCAACACCUGGACUCGAAUACUGUCACAGACUGAGCACAAUCAGAGGCUCAUUCUUGACCCAUCAUGGCAAGGCGCAACACAGGACAUUGCAGAUAUUGAGGAAGAAGCUCAAGCGAAGCAGUAUGCUGCUGAGCGACGGGAGGUCGAGGAGCAGGAGAGAAGAGCUGCUGCUGCUCAGAGGGCGGAAGAAGAGGAAAGACGUCGAACGGAGGCUUCCGUCAGGACAUCCAAGCCGACAGUACGAGCACGUGGCAGAGUGGUAAGUCGAGGUGCAGGUACUACGUCGACAGCUUCGGCCCAAACUACUGCCUCUGGAAAUACGAGCAUGCUGAGAGUUCCCUCUUCAUCAAGAGGUAGGCCAGGUAAUGCAAGCCGUGCCAGAGGUGUGCGUGGAAAGUAA